AGCAAAAUGGCUAUUUCUCGCACGUGCAGUUAGGUCAUGGGUAUGCCUCCUAUUCAUUAUGAGUUAGUUAAAGCGUGAAUGUGUUUUUUGUUGUUUGUUCCUUUGUAUUUUUGCUCGUGGUUUUCCUUACGUGCGGAUUCAAUUUAAAAUGUUGGAAAUAGUUAAAUUAGAGAAGAUGUUGAAGAAUUCUGAUGUCACUGAUCGGUACCCAUUUUUUGAUUUGUGUAUAUCAGAAGACAUGAGGGUCAAGUUUCGUUCGCAAUUUUUCUACCCAAAUGUGUGUUACUUUUGUAAUGAUGACCAUGUUUCAAAUCUUAUAAGAUGCUUGCACUGCAAUAUGAUUGCGUAUUGCGGAAAAUUGCACCAAAAGGAACACUGGCCAGAACACAAAGAUCUGUGCGCCGAGAUUGUUAAUUUAUUAAAAUCCAGUGCAAGCAACAACUUAUUCGAUUUUCUAAGAACGAUGAAGGACCCAGAAAAGCGACUCAAGAAGAAGCAAAAUUUGAUUACAGCUAUUCAGAAAAGAUUGGAUAAGAAGUUUGAGAAAUUUGAAAAACAAAUGUUCCAUCAUCCGAGAGUCUGUGUUGUAUGUUUAGAAAGCGAUCCACAAAAACUUGACUACUGUCGGAUUUGCCAUCAAGUUAGCUUUUGUGAAAAGCACAAAAAUGCACCAGAACACGAAUGCUCAUACUACAGAAUUUGCUUCCUGCUGGAUUGGAAGUCUGUUAUUGAUACAAGAUUCAUAAUUAGCCCGGUCAUAGAAAAUGUUCCGUUUUUUUGCAAUCCAGAGGAUGCCAAGUUGCCAGAAAAUAUGGCUAAGUUCUUGACAGAAAAAGCUGAAGAAACGAUUGCGAUGUUGACAACGUUAAAUGGUGACAAAUUGUGGCCCCACGUCUGCUCGGAGCUUUACACUAACUCACUUACGCUGAUGAGGGUGCUCCAGGAUUUGGAGUUUGAAUUUGAAUCCGAGUUGAUCGUCCACGCUAUAGGAGAUCACAACCCAGGAGAAAAGAAUUUCGAAAACUUCGAAAUGUUGCUGCACUUGAUUCCGCAGCUGAUGACUCUUAAGAUCAUAGUCAUCGGUAAAGUAGUAGGCCAGAAUAACAAGGAAAUUAAGCCGGAAGUUGCAGUAUGCAAAGCAUGUGACAUGAAAAGCAAGACACUCAUAAUCCAAAGGAGCAAAUUAACUUACGUAUCGUACGUAGAGAGCAAAUCUUUCACUACUCCGCACGUUGUCAUCGCUUAUAACUUCGAGGAAAGUGAAGUGCGCCUCUGGACAGAAUCCGUCAAAAAGUUGAUGGAUAUCCGAGCUCCGUUUAUCAUGACCACCAGCACAAAAUCAAGAGCUCAAACAGAGCACCAAAAGAUGAGCGAACUCUUUGGCCACCUCGCAAGUAAAUCUUCCUUUAUGAAAAAUCCUUUUGCUGGAGACAGACCCUAUCGAGAUCCUCAGGAAGACGGAUUGAAGUUUUCUAACAACUACGUUGUCGUCUAUACCUUGUUCGUGGAGGAAAGAGAGGAGCAGACGAAGAAAAAGCGACGUGGUCAAUCGGCAGUCGUGUUUCCUGAUUUUGUUGUAGCGGAAGAACGAGAGCUGAGGCGACAGAAAAGUUUAGCGAAGAAAAAGGAAACUGCUCAGGUGUGUUCGGAGACAACGGAUGAAUCAGAAAAGAUGAUCAAUUCUCAUACUUUGUCAAACGCGGGUGAGAAUAUCGAAAAGUCAACUGGUGGUAAUCCUAAUAAAAAGAUUAUAGGGAAGGGAAAGUCGAAAAAGAAGAAAAAGAAGAUGACAGCCAACCAGUCUUUGGAGUCUUCAAGAAAGAAAAGUUUGUUCGACAAAGCAGUGAAGUCAACGGAUACCAAGAAAGAAGACGUUCCCAAAGUACUGAAUUAUUUAAAAGAAGAAGUAAACUACCCUCGUGACGACACGGCGAUCUCGAAAGAAUUAUUGAAUGAUCAGAUUGUGGAUCUGCAUAGUCAAAAUCAAGACACUAUAACUAUUCCUAAAAAAAACGAGGAGAGCGCUCAAGGCGACUUAAUAAACAAAGAAUCUGGAGCUGAAGUUCUUUCAUCUAGGGGAGAAAUGAAGGGAUUGAGUGGAAAGUCGAGCAACAGCGAGGAGCUGCUUCCGGAUUCAACAAAUAGGAACAAUGAGUCAGAGCUUGGUGCUGGCCAAGCUCCAGUAGAAGCUACAAAAUCCGAUGAACAAAUUCAAGAUGCGGGAGAAUUAAUGUCGCUUAAAUCUGAUGACGAGUCCAAUUCGUCAAAGCCAGUUAAGCAAGUUUCUGCAUUAGUUGAAGACAAAUCUGAAGCUGAAAUUCCCGUAGUGGAUGAACAAACGGAGGACGACAGAAAUUCGAAAUCGAUGGAGCAGCCUUUGGAUUUGACGUAUCAAAGUAAAGAAGCAGAGUCUGGUGAACGAUGUGAAGAAUCUGGAAACCAAAAAAAGUCGGAGAAAGUAAAGUACGAAAUUCCUCAGACAGCAGCGGAGGCUAAUCUAAAAUCUAAAAGAAAGAAAAAUCUAGAAUUUGUGGAGUCAAGUAUUAGAAAAGAACCCGUUAAAAAUCAAGAUGAGCCCCUGAAUCUUCAAAUUUUCCAUGGUUCAAGCUCUUCCAAACCAAGCGGAGUGUCAGGAAAAAACGAAAAGCCUAAAGAUCAACCUGCAGGUGCUAACAAAUCUGAAAAUAAAGUCCAAGAGCAGAAAGAAGACAGUACAAAGUCAAAGGUCAAGAAAAAUAAGAUUAGAAAUGAAAAAUCUGCAGAGACCAGCACCAAAAAAGAAGAAUCCGACAUGAAUCAAGAUGAUCUCCUGGAACAGGAAGAAGAACCCCCCCAUCUUGAAAAUGUCCGUGGGGUUAAAGGAAUCAUGAAAAGGACUGAAGACCUACGACAAGAAAAUGCAUACCUUGAAGCGCAAAUCUUAACCCUGACAACACAAUUCACAGGUCUUAAAAACAAUUGUAAUACUAUGGCUCUUAAUCUUCUUAACGAAAUUUCCGCGUUAAAACAAGUCCUGCAAUCCCUUGAAGACAAGGUUAAGGAAACUGUCAAUGCUCAUGAAUUAGAGUAGAAUAGUGUCAGUUGCAUGUAAAUCUUUUGUUAAAAUCUACUUCUUUUAUUGUAUUUUAUCUCUAGUAGCAAAUUUUCGUAUAAAACGAAGAGUGCGCUUCCAUUUUUUUUCUUUUGUUCACGAUAUUUCGUUGUAAUGUUUUUUUUUUAGUUUCCUACAGGGAUUGUUUCCAUUUUUAGAAGUGUUCUUUUACCAAGAAAAGUAGAAAAUGACCAAGUGAGUGAAAACCAAAACUAGAAUCAAAUUAUCCAGGUACCUAUUUCGAAAAUAACGUUAAGAUAAGAAGUGGUUAAACUUGAAGUGUUUAGUUAUUUCAAACUAGUUUUUUUUCUCGAAUUUUAAUUUAUAAUAGGGUAAAAUUGUAGUAAAUUAUAUAUGUAAAUAUUAGCCUGUAUAUUUAAAAGUUUCAUGAAAAUUGUAAACGUAUUUUCAUUAAUGGAUUUAAAAAUAUAUAUUUGUGUUUAUUGGUAAAUUACAAUUUGGUGCUUUUUCCUCUUCAUUUAGAAUAGUUGAAAAAAAUGCAUAUUUUGUCGAAAUUUUAGAUUGUUGCUUCAAAUAUAAAUAGUUGAGGGGAAAAUAAAAAUUUAGGAGUAAAUAAUUUCCAGGUAUUUAUUUCAAAACUUAAU